AUGCUCACCCUGCUGAUCGUUACCAUGGCGAUGUACGGCGGCGGUCAUGCGUGCAGCGGCCUGGACAACUGCUCCGCCCACAGCGAGUCCAAAGACUACUGCUACUCGGCUCGCAUCCGCAGCACGGUGCUGCAGGGCCUGCCCUUCGGGGGGCCCACCGUGCUCGCCCUCGACUUCAUGUGCUUCCUGGUGCUGCUCUUCGUCUUUUCCAUUCUACGUAAGGUCGCGUGGGACUACGGCCGCCUGGCGCUGGUCACCGACGCCGACAGCGUUGCCUCGGCGAUGCACUCGGAGACGCCCGACCGCUACGAACGCCUCACCUCCGUGUCCUCCUCCGUCGACUUCGACCAGAGAGACAACGGUUUCUGCUCGUGGCUGACGGCCAUCUUUAGAAUAAAGGAUGAGGAGAUCCGGGAGAAGUGUGGUGAGGAUGCCGUUCACUACUUGUCCUUCCAGCGCCACAUCAUCGGUCUGCUGGUGGUCGUCGGCGUUCUCUCCGUCGGCAUCGUUCUGCCCGUCAACUUCUCUGGAGACCUUCUGGAAAACAACGCCUACAGCUUCGGACGCACCACCAUAGCCAACCUGAAGUCUGGGACCAACCUGCUGUGGCUGCACACUUCGUUUGCCUUCAUGUAUCUGCUGCUGACGGUCUACAGCAUGAGGAGACACACCUCCAAGAUGCACUACAAGGAGGACGACCUGGUGAAGCGAACUUUAUUCAUCAACGGCAUCUCCAAAUACGCCGAGGAGAGUCAGAUCAAACAACACUUUGAACAGGCGUAUGAGAACUGCACGGUGCUGGAGGCUCGGAUCUGCUACAACGUGGCCAAACUGAUGUCUCUGAACGCAGAGAGGAAGAAGACGGAGCGCAGUAAGAAGUUCUUCACCGACCUGAUGGCCAAGGAACACGUUCCCACCAUGAUCAACCCGAAACCCUGUGGACACCUCUGCUGCUGCGCCAUCACCGGCUGUGAAGAGGAGGAGGCGGUCAGCUACUACACCAAGACGGAGGCCAAGCUGAAGGAGGAGUACAGGAAGGAGAAGGAGAAGGUCCACACCAAACCGCUGGGCAUGGCCUUCGUCACCUUCCAGAACGAGAGCAUGACCGCCAUUAUUCUGAAGGACUUUAACGCCUGUCAGGUCCAGGGUUGUCGGUGUCGUCAGGAGCCUCGGUCCUCUCAGUUCAGCGAGGCUCUUCAUGUUUACAACUGGAGCGUUUCGUACGCACCUGACCCGCAGAAUGUCCGCUGGGAGCACCUGUCGCUGGGUGGGAUCUCCUGGUGGAUCCGCUGCUUCAUCAUCAACUGCAUCCUCUUUCUCCUGCUCUUCUUCCUCACCACGCCCGCCAUCAUCAUCUCCACCAUGGACAAGUUCAACGUCACUAAGCCGGUGGAGUACCUCAACAAUCCCAUCGUCACUCAGUUCUUCCCCACUCUGCUGCUCUGGGCUUUCUCUGCUCUGCUGCCCACCAUCGUCUACUACUCGGCCUUCUUCGAGGCUCACUGGACCAGGUCUGGAGAAAACAGGACGACGAUGCAUAAAUGUUACACAUUCCUGAUCUUCAUGGUUCUGCUGCUGCCGUCUCUUGGACUCAGCAGUCUGGAUGUUUUCUUCCGCUGGCUCUUUGACAAGAAGUUCCUGGCUGAUGCCAAAGUCCGGUUUGAGUGCGUCUUCCUGCCGGAUAACGGAGCGUUCUUUGUCAACUACGUCAUCGCCUCUGCGUUCAUCGGGAACGCCAUGGACCUGCUGAGGAUCCCCGGUCUGCUCAUGUACAUGAUACGGCUGUGCCUGGCCCGCUCCGCCGCCGACCGCCGCAACGUCAAGAGGCACCAGGCCUAUGAGUUUCAGUUCGGAGCGGCGUACGCCUGGAUGAUGAACGUCUUCACGGUGGUGAUGGCCUACAGCAUCACCUGUCCCAUCAUCGUCCCCUUCGGUCUGAUGUACAUGCUGCUGAAGCACCUGGUGGACAGGUACAACAUGUACUACGCCUACCUGCCGUCCAAACUGGACAAGAAGAUCCACUCGGGAGCCGUCACCCAGGUGGUAGCCGCGCCCAUCCUCUGCCUCUUCUGGCUGCUCUUCUUCUCCACCGUACGCACAGGUUUCGAGACGCCGACCUCCAUGUUCACUCUGGUGGUGCUGAUCGUCACCAUCGUGGUCUGUCUGUCUCACGUCUGCUUCGGACACUUCAAGUACCUCAGUGCUCACAACUACAAGAUCGACACCAAGGAGAACGACGUGGACGCUGUCGAGAACGGACGUCCAGCUCGUCCCUCGUCCUCCCCGACCACAAAAUCUCAGCUGCAGCAGCAGCAGCAGAUGUACAUCGCCCAGGUACUCCAGGACCCAAACUCAGACGAGCCAGGCGGUGUCAGCGGCGAGGAGGACCGAGGGUCGUCCCAGGACGAGGAGAUGCUGAACGGAGGGAACAGCAUCAACGAGGCGGAUUUUCAGUCAGGGGAGGACAGUCUGAUUGCCAACGAGGUCCACCAGUAGCUGGGGGUGGAGCUAUAGGGAGGGGGCGGAGCUAGUCGAGGGUCUACACCCACACACAUUCAGAAUCACUUCACACAGAAACACACAUACACACACAGACUGACACGGUUAGCUCCUCCCCCCCCCAGCUGGAAGACUUGACCCUGACCUUUGACGCCGGCGCCGGGUCGCCAACAUCCAGUCCUGCACGUCUGUGGAAACUUGAUGGACACCAAACUGUCUCCACAGGAAGUCACUGUACAUUACCACAAAGCCAAACGUUUUUCUUUUUUCUUCGUUUGAUUUUUUUCUCAGGGUUGGGGGCGGGGUUUAAAAAUGCGUGCCUCGGCUGUUUUUUUCGUUCCGUUCGCACUCGUGUCUUGACUCCUGAUCCCGAUGGCAGGUCGCCGGGACUCGACCUGUUGAGGGGUCAAAACUGAUGCUGACACCGCUGUCUCUGUGCUCAGCCUAGGGGACGCCUCCAAACGAACCACCACCACCACCACCACAACCAUCAUCAACACCAUCAUCAAGUGCUCAAUAAGUAGCCAACCGCCAGCUCUCCUAGUGGUAGAAGCUUUGCAGACCCAUUGCAGUCUCCUGUCCUGUUCUGUCCUCGUUCUGUUUGUGGAUCCAACACCUCACCUGGACGUUUGUCUUUUACCUGCAGAGAUUCUGCUGCAUGUCGUUACUAGUGCUGUCUGGAUCAGACAAUCCACCGAGAGACUGUGGAGACCAUGAAGUCCUCUGUGGUCUCAGUGUGGAAUCCAUCGAGGGACUGUGGAGACCAUGAAGUCCUCUGUGGUCUCAGCAGCACGUCCUCCUUCUGCCGGAUCACCGCGUUCAGCUACUCUCUCCUCUUCAGUACGACCACGGCUUUCUGUUUCACCUGAACUACCUUAAAUCAUGAACACCUGACAAAGGGACUGGGGAUGUUUUUGUCUGUUUUAAGUUUAGCAACCAAAACUCUUUUCAUUCAUGGAGAGAGAACUUUGUAGAGAACUUUGUAGAGAACUAUGUGGAGAACUUUGUUUAGACGUUCCGACGGCAGCAGUAGUCCAGAUGUUUGAGCUCAGGUAGACGCAGAAGAGCAGCGCUCUUCGUCCGGACCGUCUGAAUCCUGAAGCUGUCGGGACCCU